AUGGAUGAACUUGGCAACAGCAACACAAGGGAGAUAGGACUCAGAGGAUCGCUACGGUCGAGCAGCACUAGUACACGAAUCAACAUCACCUUCAGCUAUAACAACUUAACUAGUACGAUUGCGUUAUUCAAGGACACCGAUUUGCAGGAACUCGAGCCAGGCAUCCAACCCGUUCUUUGGCAAUUCAUGCAUUCCCUCCAGGUAGAGAAGCAUAUGUUGCGACUUGUCGCCAAGGAUGAAAUAGACAAUAUUAGCAGGAAUUUGGACGACAUCUGUGGUGGAACGGAGUCAUCGAAGUGCAGCAGUGUGUGCAAGAUCGAGUGUGAAAAGCCGCUACGAUGUUCAAAAUGUCAGAAAACCUAUCUACUGCUCAGCGUCGGCGGAACCCGAUUCCUGCGCCAAAAUGCGACUGGUUGUUUUGGGCGAUUCCGUGGUACCCCUCCAGAUGAGAACGACGAGGACGAUGUGGAGGAUGUAGGAGACUCCUUCAAGCGGUGCACGACUUGUGAUUACACCAUCUGUGAACAUUGUACGCACCCAGAUAUGCAAGGUGUACCAUACUUUAAUCGCCCGCCAGGCACUUGCCGCUGUCUAAAGUCGAACUUUGGCGAAAGCUACUGCUUGUCGUCGCCCUGUUACCUUCACGGUGACGGUACUAAAGCCAUACCACGAUGA